AAAGUGUUACUAAACCCACAACAGUAAAAUCCAUCUGUAUAUGCUGUAAAACAUGCUUGUUAUACUCAAUGUGAAAACUUGGGGGUUAAUCCUCCGCAUUGUGUGAUGAGGUUGUUUGAUCCUGUCUUCUCUAAUCCUCCCCUUCUUCUACUGUCCCAAACUCUAGGAGUCACUCUGCACAUGCUCAGUUUGGUGUGUAUUGCUAGAGGUUUUUUUUUUUGGGAGGUGCAUGUGAUUAGAACUGUCCAGGCAGAGGGUCAAGGGUCAUGCAGCCUCAUAGGACAGUCAGAAGAG